AUGGCGUCGCGAAAGACGGAAGGGGACAGAGAAGUUUCCGAGAGGCCCGGGCAGAAUAACCCAUCUGAUCAUGUCUUCCCAGAAAGAUGGGAAGAAGCUGUUCUUGAUGUCGAAAAAUGCCUCCUGCAUAUAAAAUCCAAGCUUUCAAAGAAGAAGGUCGAAGAUAAAGACGGUGCGGAGACCAAGGCAGAAGAACAUACUGAGGGAAGGAACCGUACUCCCGCGAAAGAGAUCAAGGAACCACUAUGGAGAGAUUGGCCAGUGGAUACAAUCUUGAGCAUCGAACUUUCCGAUAAAGUGAAAAGGCGUCUCCGGAGGUCCAUACAUACCAAAGACCUGUACGCCGCUUUCAGAUCGGGGAAUUUAACCGUCGUCAAGCUCUUUGGCAUGGUCAACGCCAACCUCGACAUGGCCAAUAAGAAUGGGUGGACGCCUAUUAUCCAUCUUUCAGGCACUAAUAGUACUGAUAUUGUAGAAUAUCUCCUGGAAAGGGGAGUAUCAGUCAACUCAUCCAGCCAUGCAGGAGUCACGGCUCUCAAUAAUGCAGCUGACACCGGCCAGCUUGCGAUGGUCAAGCUUUUUUGCAAAUGGGAGGCUUCGUUGGAAGCCGCAUAUAAUGGGCAAACGCCUCUGUGGUCGGCCUCGGUGAGCGGGCAUCUGGAAGUUGUCAAGUUUUUGUCUGAUCAGGGUGCAUCUACGGGAGUCACCGAUGGCAAUGGGUGGACGCCUCUUCACGCUGCCGCCAGAAAUGCUACGGCGCUUUGCCUUGCCGCAAACGAGGGCCAUACCGAUAUUGCGGAAUUUCUUAUUUCUGAAGGAGCUUCUAAAACCGCUGCUACUAAUGAUGGAUGGGGGCCUCUUGCACUUGCCGCUGACACUGGCCAACUCGAUGUCGUGAAGUUGAUGAUUGAAAAGGGGGUUCCUGUUGACAGUGAGACAAUCGAGGGCUUCACUCCAUUCCAUGCAGCAGCACGUCACGGGCACUUGGAUGUCGUUAAAUAUCUAGUGGAACGCCGUACGGCGAUCAACCAGAAAAACAAGCCGGGAUUUACAGCUCUUUGUCUGGCUACGAGCGGGGGUCAUUUCGAGAUCGUCAAAUACCUGGUUGAUGAAGGUGCCUCUAUCGAGGAGGCAAGUGAAUAUGGCUGGACAGCAAUCAACCUUGCCGCUUCUUCCGGACAUUUCGAUAUCGUGAAGUUGCUUUCGGAGCAUGGCGCGACCGUCAAUACACAGAAUCACUGCGGUUGGACACCCCUUCACAAUGCUGCGGUUAAUGGAAACACCGAGCUUGUGCGAUUUCUCUGCAAGAAGAAGGCUUCGAUCAACGCAGUAGAAAAUACUGGGCUGACGCCGCUGUUGGCAGCAACGGAAAAUUCUGCCACUGACAUCGUGAAGAUUCUGGUUGAAAAUGGCGCUGAUCUCUCGGCAAAAGGGAAGCAGGGUCUCACGGCGCUCCAUGUCGCGAGCUUGAAUAACAUGCCGGGGAUUGUGAACGUCUUGUUGGCUGGAGGUGCUGACUUCAACUUGAAGUCAGACUUGGACUGGACGCCUUUGUUCACCGCGGCCAGUGCCGGUAGCUUGGAUUGUGUCAAGAUCCUCGUUGAACAAAUCACUGAUAUUAAUUGCACCGCUUCGAAAGACAACACGUUGCUGCAUCUCGCCUCUGUUCAAGGGCAUACUCAAGUAGUCCGCUACUUGGCUACAAAGGGGGCCGAUUUGGAGAAGCAGACGAGGGGUGGCUAUACAUCGCUCGCGUUGGCCGCCGAUAAAGGCCAUCUGGAAGUGACAAGGGUACUGAUUGAGUUGGGUGCCUCUCCAAAUGCUAUGAAUAACAGCGGUUGCACGCCUCUCAUCCUGGCUGCCGGAUCUGGGCACCUUGGGAUUGUCAGGUUGCUGGCUAGCAAGGGAGGAGAUGUCACGCUUGGGGAUGGCACUAAGCGAACUGCCCUUCAUUUUGCCUGUGAGAAGGGCCACCUCGAUAUAGUAAGGUUUUUGGUUGGGGAAGGGGCUUGUGCUUUCUUAGAAGACACCGCUGGGAAGACGGCUCUUCGUUACGCUUCCGCUAAUGAACACCAAGAUGUGGUGCAAUUCUUCACUGACGGCACUUGUCAGUCUCCAGAGGAUCUGCAGAUGACUCCAUGA